UGUUUAACUGAGUUCUCCCACAGGAUCAAAUCAAAGUGACGUGAAUAUUUUUGUCACAUAACACCACAGGCCCGCGCAGUACACACACACCUUCCGGGUGUUUAAAAUUAGAUGUAUGUCACCCAUCCACGCAGGUCGCUAGUUGUCCCUCGAAGAACAUCGAAACCCAGCCGGAGGAUCGAGUUCAGAGUUCAGGCUAAACAACCAGAGAAAUGGUGGUCUCGGUGAAAAACGACACCCGGCUGACCAGUUCUCAGAGCUUCCUCUGCGCUGGUUUCGCUGGUUUGUUCAGCAAAACCGUCACGUCUCCUCUGGAAGUGGUGAAAAUUAAAAGUCAGGUGGGAACUUUUCACGGCAAAGGCGGAUUCCUGCAAACAUUUAUCGUCAUCUACCAGAAUGAGGGACUUCGAGGAUUUUGGAAAGGGAACAUGGUCUCCUGUCUCCGGCUGUUUCCAUAUACAGCAGUUCACCUAACCACAUACAAGAACAUCGUCCACCUUCACAUGGAUGAGCUGGGCUUCAUCUCCCAGUGGAGGGCCAUAUUAGCUGGCGGACUGGCUGGCGUUGCUGCCGCCCUGCUCACGUAUCCUCUGGAGGUGGCGGAGACCCGACUGAUCGUCCAGAACUGCAGACAGCGGACCUACAUCGGCGCAGCUCACACCAUCUCAAAGAUCUACAGGAACGAAGGCCUGCCUGCUCUCUACAGAGGAUUCUCCCUCACCGUUCUGGGUGCGGUUCCCUUUUCAGUCGGAUGCUACGCGGUUUACAUGAAUUUGGACAAGCUGUGGCAGGAGCCGUCGUUUCGCUUCACUCCUCUGCAGAACUUCAUUAACGGCUGCAUUGCAGCGGGAGUCGCUCAAACGCUCUCAUACCCCUUUGAAACCGUUAAACGGAAAAUGCAGGCACAGAGUUCUCGUCUUCCCCAUUUUGGUGGCGUUGAUGUCCACUUCAGUGGAACGAUGGACUGCUUCAUGCAGGUUAUUAGAAACAAAGGUGUUCCGUCACUGUGGAACGGACUGACGGCCAACAUGAUAAAGAUUGUUCCUUAUUUUGGUCUUCUGUUCACCUGCUGCGAGAUGUGCAAGCAGGUGUGCCUCUACCGUAACGGCUACAUCGUCUCACCUCUGAGCUACCAGCCCACGCCGGGGGUCGACCAGAGCCUCGGGCCGAACGAGCUGGAGGAGGUCAGGCGCUACUGGAAAAACAGGAACUUUGGGUCAAGAGAGUCGCCUUUUGGGAACCGCUGGUGAAGUUGGAAAUACGUCCCGCUGACAAAAAAAAAAGAAGGAAAAGUCAAAAACAUUCACUAGACCCUCCAAGAGACUACAACUAAGACUAUUUCAGAGUUAUAUCAUUUUUAUCUGACA